CCUGCGGUCCAGGGCGGCCGCCGCUUCAGCUUCACGUUCUCUCCAUCAAGGCUACUACGUAGCUGUUUCGGGAGGACUCAAGGUCGCCUACGGCCAGUCGGCCCCGAUGGUAAACUUAUUACCAAGUUUUAGCCCUCAAGCUAUUCGGCCGAAUGUGCGUGCAAGUAGAAACUCAGUGCGCUGGUAUUUCUAUUUUAUUUGUCAAAUGGUUCUUUGUCUUGCAACUGUGCUGCUGUGCUUCACUUCCCCGACGGAAAUUUUUGUCCUCAAGCUGUUCGACUUAAGUGCUAGUUUCAUUCCCCGACGGUAUAUUAUUGACUCCUUCUCCAUUGGAGAUGUUUCACAUUAUUCUUGCUCUCUUGGGGAAAGCCAAAAGGAUUGACACUUUCGUGAAGGCGGUUAAUAACGCUAUCGACUUCUUCCAUACGCUUGACCCUGAACAGCAAGCGACCUUCAUGUAUCUCUUCUCUUUGCUCGUGGCUCCGGUAGCGUUCUUGUUUCAGGAUGUAGUCUCUACUGCACCAGAGCCUGUCUGUCCCUUCUUAGGUCUUCAGGGUAUGCCAUUCGACGUGUACCCAGUUGAACAAGGAAUAAAUGAAGUUGUUCGUCUUGCUGCAAGUUCUUGCGGUGUUAUGACGCUGACUAUUGGAGGACUUGUCAUAAUCUUUUUCAUGGACCUUCUUUACCAUCCCUGGAUUCUACAAGAUCCCGUGGUUCCUGUUAACAGUAACAGUUCUGCCGUCUUAUUGGCGCUGAUCUCUUGUUCUGCAGUUGACAAACUGCGGAAGGUUACUUUGAGGGUUCUUGCAAAAAGCCUAUCUGAGGAAGAAUUUCUGGACCUCUCAGAGCUUUUCAAAACUCUGGAUAGAGGCAACAGUGGAAGUAUAACUGCUGCUGACCUUCAGCAGAGCAUUAAAUGGGUGGGCUCGAAAUUAGCUGACCAUGAAGUCCAGAUUUUAUUGGACGCAGCGGAUGUUCACCCCACUGCAAGGAUCGAAUUUGGGGAAUUCCUUACAGCAAGAUUCAAUGCUAACAACCUGGAGGUGGAAAGGCGAGUUGUAACCACAGAAGAGGUUUCACCGAUGGGUGGUGCCUCUGUUAAAACACUUCCUGUUGAUGGGGCUGCUGCUGCCCCUGAUGCUGACAUUCCGCUCCACAACGUCAACUCCAAGCACGCCCAGAAACAUGGGUCCGCUGCCGCCCCCGACACCGGCUCAAAGGCCGCUGACAUCCUGCUCAUCAACAUCAACUCCAAGAUCGUCUCCAAGGUCAUCGAGUACAACAGGAAGCACAUCCAGAAGCGCGGGGCUGCUGCUGCCCCCAACACCGACACGGACUCCAAGGGCGCUUACAUGCCUUCCAUCAUCACGACCUUUGACCAGGGCUUUGUCAAGGUCGACCUGGCCACCCUAUUCGACCCUGGCUGCGAACUAGGACAUCAGGGAUUUGCUGGACCUGACCUGCCAGAUAGCCUGACAUAAUAAAUGGCAAGACUUCAGAGGUGAUCCGCAGGACAUUCAACAUCAUCUGCUGUGUAAAAUAGAGACUCCGCUUGUAAAUGCAACCAAUUGACAGAAAUAUGCAGAUGUUGCAGAUAUUGUUUCUUCAGUCGUCGGUUUACAGAACUCCACAUGAUCUGUUGCUUGGCGAAAUAUGGAAAAAGAUCGGUGCAGUGAAUAAUAGUCAUUAACUAUGCGCAAUACUAUGACACAAGAAGCUCCAGACCUGCCAGGUGUUGGCAAACA